GCAAGAGCAGACCUACUCACCGACAUCUCCAAUGUGUAGCUGAGUGUAAACGUACAAUUCUCCGCUUGCCAAGCCCAGCCACUGCUGCCUGUUUUGUAUACGAGGCUGAGCACUUUCUCCACAUCAACUGCGAUCUCGCAACACAAAAGACACUUACUUCGUCUUCCCAACUCGUACUUCACACCACAAUUCUCUUCUCUCCCGCUUACAAACCUCUUUGCCACCGUUAAACACACCCAAGUUGUUCCUACGUACAUACGUACCAACUCAUUUACGAACCACCAUGGCAUCCGGUAGUGUGUUCUCAGGAACGCUACAAACGAUCACUAGUACGAAACUCGAGGAACUCUCCAAACAGCGCACAGCCUUCAACAAGCAACACGCGGCUCUUCUAUCGGCGGCGAAAGCAGAGCAGGAUCCACUCAGGCGCCUGAAUCUCGUGGUUGAUGGCACAAAGUUGUGUCUGGGUGUAAAAACAACUGCACACAGGGAUGAGGGUGACCGACCUGGGCGUGUGAUCACCGGUGGAACGCGCAAUGGCCGGCUCGAGACUGACCUGAAGAAUCUUGACCGCUUCCUUGACCAGACACGGUUUGACCCUUCAGUAUCUACCGACGUAUUAGAAGACUGGGAGAACAAGUUGCUACGAUAUGUUUCUAUCCAGGCUACCAAAUAUGAAUACGCUGACCUUUACGGAAAGCUGGUCAGCGAGUGGCUUACCUCUGAAAAGAUGGAGGGGAUCGCGACUGCUGAUGGCGAUGUUAAGAUGGGCGAGAGUUUCGAGGAACUUCCCGGCGCCAAGAGGCUUGAAGCCCGGACUGAGUGGGAGAAGUCUGUCUUCGAGCCCGCUGUUGUUGACUUGUCUGCUCUGAAGGCGUACCUUGAACGCCUAUUCGUCACCGACAAGAAGAAAGUUGCAUCAGCACUGCAAAAUUUGCGCAAGAAAGUCGAGGAGUUCGAAGCCAACUUGACGAGCAACUCACAGUUCAACACUCAUACCCUGCGUUGGGUCGUGAAGUCUCUUCAGAUCUCGGACUUACUCUCGAACGAAAAACGGGAGGUACUUGGUGAUUUCCUUAGCAACGAUGUUAUCUUGGCAGAGAUUGCAGAUGUCCUCAACAUGCGUAUGGGAGCGCUCGAUCGGUGGAGUUGGGGCAACCAUAUCCUUCUUGAGCAACGACGCCAGAUCAAUGGUCAGUUCCAGAUUCAUAUGCACGAGGACAUACUACAAGCGAUCUUUUUGCACUAUAUUGGGAUAAAGUGGUCGGUAUUUUUCAAGGCAGCAUUCCUCGCGUUACGCAGCACCUCAAAAGCCUGGCGGAGCAAUCGUCCAGACGUACCAAAACCUGACAGGAUGCGCCGCGGUUACUUUCUUGGCGACCAGGGCCAGAGUGUUCGUGGCAAUCUCGACAACAAACGCAGCAGGAUCCAACGCAAGCAUUACUUCAUCAAUCAGCUCUUAGAUCAUGUGGAGCAACAGGUUCAACACAACGAAGGCGAAGAAGAAGCUGACUUUGCCGACUUUGUGCAAGAGCGACCCCGAAAACGAGCUAUGCAGACAGCGAGAAAGUCGGCACCUAUGGUACAAACAUCGGUAUCGGCCAUGCUCGCAUCUGCACCACGGCGAACGGCACGUCAGGCGCAGCCAGAGGAAGAGUGCGAAGAAGAAGAUGAGGACAUGGGGUACGCCCUCUUCGAUGGCGUCGAUUGUCGAGUUGGCCAGUCCGAGUCGGAUGAUGAUGAUGAUGAUGACGAACCAGAUAAGAAUCCAAUGGAAGCGAAGCAAGGCCUCCUUCAUAUUCUGGCUACUGAGAUCAUACUCAACAUUCGCCUCAAUGGCGAGAUAGCUUGCUUCCGCACCAUCUUCGAGUCGUGGAACCCGCUGCUGCCUCACAACACUACGUUAACGGUUCUCGAAUUCUUUGGUGUGUCUGAAAAGUGGAGAAAUUUCUUUAAGACAUUCCUGGAAGCACCAUUGAAAUUCGCGGACGACAAUCAGUCCACCGAGCCACGCUUGAGGCGCCGAGGUACUCCAGGCUCGCACGCCUUAAGCGACGUCUUUGGGGAAGUUGUACUCUUUUGCAUGGACUUUUCGUUGAACCAAAACACCAAAGGCGCUUUACUUCACCGCUUGUACGAUGAUGUGUGGUUUUGGAACAAGGAUUAUGAGACCUGCGCUACAGCUUGGGCAAGUGUCCGAGAGUUUGCUGAGGUUACUGGUACGCAGAUCGACAACGUUAAGUCAGGUAGCAUACGUGUUGGCCGGGACGGCGAGAUGGAGAUUGAUGACCGCCUGCCUCAAGGCGACAUUCGAUGGGGCUUCCUUUACUUGAACCCCUCCAACGGUCGCUUCGACAUUGAUCGAAAGAUGGUCGACUCCCAUGUAGCAGAGCUCCGGAAACAAUUGCAAGGGAAAUCGAACAGUGUCAUUGACUGGAUCCAGGCCUGGAACUCCUAUGCUGCUACUUUCUUCAGUGCGAACUUCGGCAAGGCUGCAAACUGCUUCGGCCGUGAACACAUUGACACGAUGCUUGCUACCCAUCGCCAUAUCCAGGAGAGCGUUUUUGACGGCGGCAAUGUUGUGCAGCAUUUGAAGCAGAUGAUCAAGGAUCGAUUCGAUGUAUCAGAUCUGCCCGACGGCUUCCUCUACUUCCCUGUCGAGCUCGGUGGCUUAGAUCUCAAGUCUCCCUUUGUUGGUCUUCUGCAGAUCCGCGACUCGGUGAAAGUCAAUCCGUAUGACUUGCUGGAUGAACAUAAGGAGAACGAGAAAGACGACUACACCGAAGCAAAGCGUCGUUUCGACAAAGGUGAUCUCGAGCAUAUGCGCUGGAAUACUGAGAAGCCAGAUUUCCGACCUGAAGACGCAGAUAUUUUCUUCAGCAUAGCAGAGUUCACACGUUACCGUGAAGCACUCGCCAGUAUGGGCAAGGCCGACCUACGCAACGUCUACCUUGAGCUGCUCAAGCGUCCGGAAGAGGAGCCUGUCGACCUAAGCGCUCAGGUUACACAGGCUCUGCAGGAACUAAGACAGAGCAACUUGCGCGGCAUACAUGCGAACUGGUACAGCAUGGAUGCGUAUUGGAAGUGGAUUGCACAGAUGUAUGGUCCAGACAUGAUCACUCGCUUCGGCGGAUUCAAUAUUGUCGACCCCGGCUGGCUGCCCAUUGGCAUGGUAAGCCAGUUCCGCCAGAGGAGGACCAAAUGGCAGGGUUAGGUCGUGCUGAAGAAACCACUUACAACAUUACGAGCCUCUGAGGUCUGUCAGGAGGCGGUACUGCAUGGUCGUCGUUAGCCUCUGGAUAUUUCGUGGCUUCCAUUUGGUUUCUGUGUGGAUUUGAGGUCUGGAGCGAUGAUAAAAAGCGGACAAAGCCUGCAAGAGCCUGCGAUUUGUGUGCAUUUAGCGAAGAUGAUACAUUAACAAUGAUUUCAGCGAAAGAAUACGAGCCAAAGGUGACUAUGCCACCCAAAAUCCCCAGCCCCAAUAUUAACCUAUAGGCCUGAUCGUUUUGGUAUCGGACUCCUAAGCUGUGGUAGCUCGGA